UUGGUUGUGCCGCACAGCCGGAGCGCGGUGCUUGAAGCUCAUUGGUCCCUGUGGCAAGGAGCGGGAAAAGCCGCUCGAGUCAGCCGUUCCUCUUCGCCACUUUGUCGCCCUUUUCCUUGGACCUGGCUGAGUGUGAUUCGGCUCAAGGCUGUGACUCCCAACUGCUUGGAUUGCAGCUAUGAGCCAGCAUAGCGUGCAUGGAUCAAUAAAUGUUUGUUAACCUAAUGGAGUCCAAGAAAAAUACGGAAUGAUACAGGCUAGUGUUAAAAUCUCAGUUACCUCAGGAGGCUGAGGAAGGAGGAUAGCAAGUUCAAGGCCAGCCCCUACCACUUAUCAAGACCUUGUCUUUAAAAAAAGGGGGGGUUAGUAUGUGUCUAUAAGGCCCUAGAUUCAAUGCUUUUUUUUGUUUGUUUGGUUGGUUGGUUGGUUUUGGUUUUUGGUUUUCAGUUUUUCUCCGAAGAGUUUCUCUGUGUUGCCCUGGUUACCUUGAAACUCCCUCUGUAGACCAGGUUGGCCUCAAACUCAGAGAUUUGCCUGCCUCUGCCUCGCAAGUGCUGGGACUAAAGGCGUGCGCCCCCACUGCCCAGCUCAAUGCCCAUUUUUUAAGCCCUCCAGUGAAAAUGGGAUCGGAAAUCUCUUGAGAAUAAUAUUGUGACUGGAGAGUACAAAAACAAAGACAAAAGCUGAGCUUGCUGACAGACACCUUCAACCCCAGCACUCUGGAAGCAGAGGCAUUUGGGUCUCUAUGAGUUUGAGUCCACCCUGGUCUACAGCCAGGAAUACACACGUAGUGAGGUCUUGUCUCCAAAAUUUAAUUAAUUAAUUAAUUAAUUUUUUAAAAAUCAGGGGCGCUGAGGAGAAGGCUCAGUUGAUAGUGCUUGGGCACAUGCCUGAGUACCUGAGUUCAGGUCCCCACUUUAAAAGUUGGGCACAGUGACAUGCCUGUAACCCCACCACUAAGAGUGGGGAGCUGAGACAGGUGGAUCUCUAAGCUCACUGGCCAGCCAGUCUAGCUAAAGCCAUGUGCUUCAGAUUUCAGCAAGAUGACCUUGACUAAAAAAAAAAAAAAUCAAAGUGGAGAGCAAUGGAGAAAAGCCAUCUAAAAAUGUCAGCUCUACACAUACAUGCAUGCAUCCACAUACACACUCUUAAAACACACACCCAAAAUCAUAAUGAUGGCAUACAAAGAGCAGAUUGACUUGGCUAGCACAUGUGGAACUUAGAAUUGGGGGGGGGGGGGAAGCAAAAAUGUUUUUAAGGACUGGAUAAAUGCAAAGGGGUAUGAUGCUAGUUGUUGAAGGGAAUGCCUGAAAACCCUGUUUGGUAGAAUAGAGUGUAAGCAUGCUUGAGGGGCCUGGGAGGGCAAACGCCUACAUGCCUGAACCUGGCAUGCAGCAUGGCAAAAGAGAAGAACGUUUGUAUUGAACAAAUACUUGAGAAAGAAAAAGCGUAGUUUCUGAGAAAGGAGGAUCUAUGAGAAAGGUUGUGGGGUGAAGAGAGGAGAUGGCAGGGUGAAAGGUGGGUCCUUAGAGGAGCAACAUGGAUCACCACAGAUGUAGCUUCCCAAAAGCAGAAGGGCUGGUUAGGACAGAGCUCACGUAACUCUCCUGACCUACCACUCCUGCCCUAGAUCCAUGGACCCCAGUGAAGCACCUGCUGUCCACCCCUGCUCUGCUGACUCCUCCCCGGGGGAUGAGACCAGAGUUUCCCAGAGCACAGAGCUUAUCCCCAAGAGACCUGUCAGUCGCUCUCCAACCUGUGCCCGCUGUCGCAACCAUGGUGUCACAGCCCAUCUCAAGGGCCACAAGCGCCUCUGCCUCUUUCAGGCUUGCGAGUGUCACAAAUGUGUCCUCAUCCUGGAACGUCGGAGAGUCAUGGCUGCCCAAGUAGCCUUGCGUAGGCAGCAGGAGGCUCAGCUGAAGAGGCACCUGGCCCAGGGACUGAUAAAAGGGGCAACCCCUCUGAAAGCUCCCCUCCGUGUCAAGAAGGGAGCCAUUCGACCAGGGGUCCCUUCUGGAAAGGAGAACAUAGCACCCCAGCCUCCGAGUCCCCAUGGAGCAGUCCCACUGGUGCUGACACCCCCUGGGAAGGAGAACUAUGGGCCUCUGCUGCUCAGCCGCCCCCAGGAAGCCUUGCCUUUGCCCUGGACACCACUGCCUCCUGGACCUUGGGGCCCCGGACACUGGCUGCCCCCAGGACUCUCAAUGCCACCUCCAGUAGUGUGCCGCUUGCUGUGUCAAGAACCUGCUGUCCCUCUACAUCCUUUCCCUGGCUUUGACCCUGGCACAUCUCUCCUGCUGCCCACUCAUGGGACCCUCCCAACCUGCCCAGGAUCUCGCUCAGUACUGGCAGCUCCACUUUCUGGAGAGCCCCAAGGACCCCCUAACCUGCCUCACACAUGUUCGACUCUGAUACUCCAGUCCUGUGGCUCCCCAGACUCUCUUCUGCUACAGCCACAGGCCCCUGGAGCCUCUUGCCUGGCCUGGACAUCUGGCCCCUCAGAGCGGCAGUUGCAGCGAGAGGCAGCUGAGGCCCUUGUAGGUCUGAAAGAUUCAUCCCAGGCUCCCCGCCUAACCCCAACUGUCCCCCCGAACCCUGCCUGGAUCUCUCUGCUGCACCCCUGUGGCCCACCAGCUCCUCCUGGGGGAAGAGGAUUCCAGCCUGUUGGCCCACCUCUCCGGCCUAGUCCGGCCUCCUCUGUCUCCCUGCACAUUGGGCGUCUGGGGUCCAUCUCUCUCCUCAGCUAGAAACCAGAGGUGGAGGCUGCCUUACUGGGACAAAGAGAUGACAAGCUGCAGGCACUGCAUAUUUGGUAUUUUAUUUAUGCAUUUUGCAUAGAAUUUAAUGUAAUGCAAGAUUCAGCCUUUUUUUUUUUUUUUAAGCUUUCUGGUUCCUUUUGUAGUGUGGGUAUUUCCUUGACUAGAAGUGAAUGUUCUCAUAGCCCUUUUUAAGUCCCUCAAUAGAGGUAGCUGGGCAGUUUAAGAGGACCAUAUCUAAAUACAUUUUUGCAUGAGUUUAUGUUAUAUGCCUGUAUGCUCAAGUCUGUCUCUGCAUGUGAAAAUACAAGAAUAUGUUCACUUUGUAUGUAAGUUUCCGUAAGCAAGAAAUAAACCUUUGCCAUUUAAACCAUCAA